AUGAGCUGCUCUGCCAGCCACACCCUUGAUUUGAUGGAUACAAGCCAGCAAACAGCCAACGAGGAGAGGUCUAAAGAAAGGAGGACAGAAGAGGUCCACAAUGAAAAGACGUCCAAUAAACCCGUAAAAGAAAUCACUUGCGUCUGUGUUGCUUGGAGGGAAUCACAACCACAUUUGGAUCAAUUUCACAUAACUUGUGAAACGGGUCCAGGUAGUCCCUCUGGUCAAGCCAUGGGCUCGUUGUGUGUGUGGUAUGUGAUGAUCGCCUCUGCUCUGAACUUUGCCAGGCCCUCUAGUGUCUCAUCUGUUCGAAGCUUGCAAAGGUUUCACUUACUGAGAUCCUUUUUGUGGAUGGCGUUUUGGGUGGUUGAGAUGACUGUUUGCAUUUCCAGAGUUUUCAUUGCAACACAUUUGCCCCACCAGGUUCUCCUUGGUCUUGCCGCUGGUAUGCUUGUUGCAGAGGUGUUUGAUCACAUUCCUUUGAUCUACAAUGCGAGUUUGAAAUUGUACCUCCAGACCAACAUACUUCUUCUCUCAUUUACCGUUUGCUUUUAUGUGCUCCUAAAGCUUCUGGACUUUGACCCUUUGUGGUCAGUCGCUAAAGCUAAAAGAUGGGGUGCCAACCCUGACUGGAUUCAUCUGGACACCACACCUUUUGCUGGUCUUUGGAGAAACGUGGGAGCCUUGUUUGGUCUCGGCCUGGCUGUGAGCUCUGGGAAGUUAGUUCCGAUCCGUAAGGGGGAAAAUGGCUCCCAAACUAUAUAUAAACUCAUGUGCAUGACAGCAAGUCUCACAUUUCUGCAGCUGUAUGACUUAAUUAAAAUGCCCACGCACGGUGAAGCUCCAUUUUACAUGCUGUCAUUUUGUAAAAGCGCUGCAGUACCUGUUUGUGUGGUUGCUGUAGUUCCUGCGUUCAUUUGCUGAUUACUGACGAUGAAAGAAGGUUGUUUUAGGCCGUUGGUGGACUCAAACUCAGAUUAAGUUUAUUGAUCCCUCUGGAAAAGUUGUGCUUUCCAGCAGUAGCAGCAUUCACACAUCUAGCAGCAGUAACACACCUAACAGUUAUUAAAAGGUAAACAGGGAAAGGAAAUAAGGCAAGAAAAAGAGAGAUGAACAGCUUUAUAAUAUUGCAUGAACUCAGCUCAUUACCCAAUAAAAGCUGAAACACAACUUUUCAAAACAACUCAUUUUUAUCCUGAAUAGAAGGUCAGACUUUUGUUCAUUGCAAACCACCAGAUACAGAUUAUUGCCUAUCAGAGGGUUUAUUCUGAUUUAAAAAUGAAACUUUUAAAUAUGUCGUGUGAGAAACAAACGUUUGGUGGCAGGUGUUGGCAGCAUAACAGCAGCUGAACACGAUACUGAAUAAACAAACACACUCCCGGGUUUUCCAGGACUAAUGGAUUUCUUCCUGUUUUUCCUACGUUUGAACCAUGGUUUGAACAUACAUCCUGCUCUGAGUGUGUUACAUAACCUCUUAUGAGUCUCUUAGCUGGCUCUCCUGGAAACAUUUUGUUAUUAAUCAGCCAAAAUGUAAUGAGGUAGAACAGUCUUUGAUGUAACACGAUUAGGUAGAUUAAUUCAACUCCUGAGCGCUACUCAUUUUCUCACAGGCUCCAGUUGCUUAGCAUCAGAUGCACCUGAGGCCUCUUACUGAAUGAUGUAACCGUUCAACGCGCGUAGGCUCCGAGCCAAACCAGGCUUGAAGAAACGUCCAUUUGUCUGGGUACCUUAUUACUACUUGGUGCUGAGAGUAGAGCUGUUCCACAGCGAGCAGUUUAUGUUUUCAGAAAAAAAAACUUACAUACUUUUAUUUCAUUAGAUAAAAACUUACAAAAUUGCUGAUUUUUAUUUUUAUACCACAAAAGAUGAAGCUUUUUUUCUCCUGCUCACUUCUGAUUUUGUUGCUGUUUGAUAGAAAAAUCUUCAAACAUGCAACUUGGACUUAUUUAAAGUGACGAUUCUCCCUGGCGACAGGGGCAGUACAUACCUAAAAAAAACUUGCCUUUAUUUUUGUGUUUGAGUGAGACCUUACCAACGGAUGGCCAUUAGGGUCAAACAUCUCUGGGAGCGCAGCCUCCAGCAAUGACAAACACCUCAGACUCCCUUUCAUCAGUGGCAACAAGUGAAGAGGUAAAUGUGUAAAACAACAAAGUUUAUAAAAUGGUGAAACUUUUGUAACUGUUUCUUACAAAUCAGUAAAUGCAAUUUGCCCUCAUGGGCUCCCGUAGCAAACGUGGCAUCGUCCAGAGACUACCUGCUCUCAUUAGACAGGAUUUGUAUGGUAAUAUGUUGCGAAGCCGCUAAUAUUUUUCAACAUCUGGGCAUCAUUUCAUUCAUUUUCAGCAACAUUUCUGUGGAUAUUUCCAGAGAUUAACAUGAAACUUUUUCAUAUUUUUUAAUCCUUUUAUUGAGCUGGUGUGGAGAAGGAUCCUUUACAGGCUUAAUGAAAUGUUAUAUAUAUAUAUGCACAUACAUAUAUAUAUAUAUAUAUAUAUAUAUA